AAAAAAAAAAAAAAUGCAGUCUUCUUCAAUAUUAGAGUUUCCCCACUCGACUUCAAAAAUAACCUCAAAGAAAAACCUUGAAACUCAAAAGGGAACAUUCAUGAAGCAACAGAAUCCCGAUAAAAAUGACAAUGAUACUACACCCACAAAUGACCUGACUUCAGAAAAUAAUGCUCCUAGUUCUGGUGUUACGACGAAUUUCUUUUAUAAAAUAACAGAAAUCGUAGCUUAUACUUCCGCUUCUAUCAGUGAUACUUACAAUACUUUCAUGGCUGGUGGAACACCCGAACCGGAACAUUCCACAAGAAAAAGAAGUUAUAGUAAUGGUUAUCAUGAUGAUGUUAUGCAAAUAAAUGCGGAUGAUUCGGACGGAGCCUAUUAUAAUGAUGAAAUUAGCGAAGGUGAAAUUGAAUAUAAUAACGAUAAAGAUGUAGAUAAAAAGGUAGAUAAGAAGGACGAUGCCAAAUGGACAGUAAAUGAUGAUGAAGAGGAACCACCACCACCAUAUGAUAAUUCAUGGGUAAUGCCAAAGUCAAAUUCUGGAGAAAAUAGUAUGACAAAUGCUCCAAUGUCUUCGUCACCAAAACGUAUUGAGACUUCUAAUGUUGAAAGUAAACCCACAUCAACACCAGAAGAUACUAAUUCGACCACCAUGUCACAAACGAUUCCUCGACGUCGACAAAUUCGCGUACGACGUCCUCGAAGAUUACUUCGACGAAAAUCUACUGAAGUUUCUACUCCACGAGGAGGAAGUGGAGGAAGUGGAGGAAAAUAUGAUGAUCCAGAACAAUUGUUGCUUAAAGUGAAUGAUAAAUUAAGUGAUAUGAUAGCUCAAGGCCGUGCAGCGUUAACUAGUACAGUUGAUGUAACAGAAGUUGAAAUGUUAUUAGCCGAAGAAAGGGAACGAGAUGAAAGAAUUGCGAAAGAAAUUGGACUUCAAACACCUGUUGGAAGAAAAGGAAGAAAAAAUGCAGUCGAAUACGAUUGUUAUACCGAUGGAAACUAUUCAUCUCUUGAAUAUUUCGAUUACGGCGGAUAUGGUACAUAUAGUGGACAUGGAAGUGGAUUUACAUCCCCUUCAGGAUACGAAUCCCCUGAUACAUAUGCCUCCCAUGGUCAUUAUAACUCACCUUCACAAUUUGGCUCUCCAGCAACGUCGUAUCAUCAAACACCACAAGGUGGAUUUAACUAUUCUACUCUUGGAUAUAAAUUUAAUGAAAAUGAGUUCAACUCAAUACCAAAUCAAUAUUACGGACAACCAUCAUCAAAUGGAUUUGUUGAACCUGCUAUACCGAAAGGAUUCGGCGCUGGACCAAUAUCAGGAGGAUUUGGUGCUAAAUUUGGAAGAUACGGAUCAAAUAAUAAUAAUGGUGGUUUUGGAAAUUAUGGUCAUCAUUUUGGAUCAAAUGCUGGUGGAUUUGGAUCCAAUGUUUUUGGAUCAAAUGGUGGGUAUAGAGCAAAUGGAAUGUAUAAUAAUCGGGAAUUUUUAUACUUUAUAAUACGCUAAUAAUUUGU